UCUCUCUCCAUUUCUUAAAACUCUCUGAUUCUCAGUUUUGUUAGAUUAUUUCAUUUUCUCUUUCAUUUUUCUAAAUAAGAUAAACCCAUUAAGGAAAGCACCUUCCUUUUCCCCCUGGUUUCUUCUUUCCUCUCUUGAAGUGAACCUAGUUUUUUAUUCAACGUUUCUGGGUUUGAUUGACCAAAAACAAAAAAAAAAAAACCCUUUUCUGGGUUUGAAAUAAAUGUCCUUUUCUUAGGAAAUAUUGGAUCUUUUUGUGUUUGUUUGUGGUUUCAGGAUCUGAUAUUAUUGGUUUUUGGGUACAGGGCCGUAAUUUGUGGUGUUAUGUUCUAGAUAUAAGGAUUCUGUUUGUGCAAUCAACUUAGCAAGCUUAAUUCUGGCACUUGACUGGGUCAUUAAUAUUUCUUCUUCAGAUAUUCGAUUGGUCUGGGACAUACACACAAUUUGCUUUGUUCAGCCUUAAGGGCCUUAAGGAUUACUUUUCAUAGACUUCCUUGUAUUUGGCUCUCAUUAUUUUUUUGCCAUAAAGUUUCUGAUCGUUGAUUUUCUGAUAAAAGAGGGUGAUGGCCAAUCUAAAUGCAUCAACAUCCUUAGUUCCUUCAGAAUCCUCUGAACAAAGGGGAACUCUUAUGGUGGGUUCAAAUGUGAAUGUGCUUCAACCUCCUAUGAACCAGCAAAACCGAACCUCCUCUGAUGGUCCUGUGGCUAUCCUUUGGGAUAUAGAGAACUGCCCUGUCCCAAGUGAUGUACGCCCUGAAGAUGUAGCGGGGAAUAUUAGAAUGGCUUUGCGAGUGCAUCCUGUAAUUAAAGGAGCUGUUAUGAUGUUCUCUGCAUAUGGCGAUUUUAAUGCCUUUCCCAGGAGACUCAGGGAGGGCUGUCAGAGAACUGGUGUCAAACUCAUAGAUGUUCCAAAUGGAAGGAAGGAUGCUGCUGACAAGGCUAUCUUGAUUGACAUGUUUUUAUUUGCCCUUGAUAAUCCUCCACCUUCGUCUAUCAUGCUGAUUUCGGGGGAUGUUGAUUUUGCUCCGGCACUUCACAUACUUGGUCAACGUGGCUAUACAGUCAUUCUUGUUAUUCCUGCUGGGGUGGGUGUUUCAUCUGCGCUGAGCAAUGCUGGUAAAUUUGUUUGGGAUUGGCCUAGUGUUGCUCGAGGGGAAGGCUUUGUAUCUCCCUCAAAGGCCUUAAUGCCUCCUCGAGGAGGAACAGCUGAUAUUGCUGGGUAUUUCAUGGGGUGCCAUAUUAGUGACAAUCCAGAUGGCCAAAAUGAGGACGAGGCAAUAGUUUAUAGGGGUGUUUCACAGAGCUAUUACAACUCGAGAGAUUUCUCAAUUGUGUCGCAAUCUUUAUCUGAAUAUACAAGUAACCCUUCAAUAGCCAUGCCUUCUUUCCCUACAACUUUGAGGUCACAAAGUCUCCCAUCUGUUUUGAAUGAAGCAUCAGGAUGUCCUGGCUUUUGUGAUCAGAAUGAUACUAUGUGGGUACAGCCUGGAGACAUAAAUGGUUUGAAGGGACAACUGGUGAAAUUGCUUGAACUUUCAGGAGGAUGCAUGCCUCUUACCCGCGUUCCUGCUGAGUAUCAAAAGUUUUUUGGUAGGCCUCUUUACGUGGAAGAAUUUGGGGCAUUCAAACUUGUUAAUCUUUUCAAAAAGAUGGGUGACACUCUGGCAAUUGAGGGAAAAGGUCAUAAGAAAUUUGUCUACCUCAGAAAUUGGAAAGCAGGCCCAAGUGCCCCCCCUUUGGUUCUGGCAAGGAAAGAUAAGAAGGGGAAGGGGAAUCAGGAGGAAAGCAUUGAUGUUGCUGCAGGUGCUGGCUUUUCUGAUGAGGAAAGAGUGGUAGUUGAAGAAUGUGAAGGACGGACUAACUUUGGAGCAGCAGGAUCUGAUGUUGAUGACCAUAAUCUUGAGCAAUUUAAAUAUGAGUUGCAGGAAAUUCUUGUGAGUUAUUCUUGUCGAAUUUUCUUGGGUUGCUUUGAAGAAAUAUACCAGCAAAGGUACAAGAAAAUGUUGGACUAUAGAAAGCUUGGUGUGGAGAAGCUGGAGGAGUUGUUUGACAAGGUGAGGGAUGUUGUCGUCCUGCAUGAAGAACCCGUAAGCAAGAGGAAAUUUCUCUGUGCAGCAGGUAGCUAGAAGAAUCAGGCUGAUUCCUUCCUGUAAACCGUUCAUUUUUUUUUAAUUUUAUAUUUGAAUAGAUCAGACAGUUGAGCUACGUUGAUCAAUGCUUGGUCUAAUGGUCUCUGCUCUGUCUCGUUUUUUUUUUUUUUUUUUUCUGAAUUUUAUUUCCAAGGUCCGUUUCAUAAGUGAUAGAUAGUAGAGGCUGGGAGCACUUUUAUUUUGAUGUGCUUCAUGCAUGGAUUUGGAGGUUAAAAUUUCCAUGUAAUUCUCAUGCUUAUCGUUGUAACUGAUCAACCACUAACGUGGAACUCUGUUGUAAAUUAAAAUCUCGAGCAAUAAAUCCUAUGGUUUUCUUGCUCAAUUAUUUUUUCUAGAAAACGUUAAGGUUGGAUGGAAUUUCCAGCCAGUUAUCUGCUCUGCCUCUGGCUUCUAUCAGUUUAACUUCGUGUUUCCCGUCGACCUCGUAGCAGCUCAGGAAUCCAUCACUCCCAAAAUAAUCACUUUGAAAGGAACUUGCUACUGUAACAUCAAUGUCCACAGUGAGUUGAAAGUUGGAACUUGGAUUUAUUGCAUUUUCCUGCAAAGCUAAUUGUUUUACAGCUUUCAUACCUGAAGGAGCUCUCGCCACUGCUCGAUAAACCACUCUACCAUCUGCUACAUUUUCCAGCUUCCCUUGGAAGGUGAUGCUGGUUGUGUUAGUAUUGUUCAAGAUAACGAUGAAUGAUGGAUAAUUAAGAUCCAGGUUAGCAAUAUCACAUGUGAAGUGAAAUGUUCCCGUGACAUUCCGGAUCUGUCUUCUUGUGGUGAACCAGUUUCUAGUAAAAAGCUUCUACUGCAACUUGACCUUGAUGUACUUGAAGAUAAAGCAAUAUAUCUUCCAUUCUUAAACUGUGAUUUUUUGUAGCAAGAAAAUAUAACUGGCUUCCAAACUCUCCUAAGAACCCUUUCCCAAACGUAUUUAAGGAUAAAAUCGAACUUUAGAGAAGUGAAUUAAAGGAAUGGAGAAGCAUACAUGAAGAUGAUCCUUUAGGCCUCCUAUGCCCCAUGUCAAGAGUCACAGUCAGCAUCCCCUCUGGCCUUCUUAUUAGUUGGAAUGUUUUGAAAUUUGUGUUUUUGUUCACAUGUGAUUCUUCAUUUAAGCAGGAAAGUUAAACAUUAAUCUUGACUUGCGACCAACAUCGACAUGCUUCUUUUCUACUA